AACGCAAAUGAAGGUUCUCAAAAUAAUUUUCGCUAUUUUAUUAAGUGCUGGAUUAGCACAGGCUAUUAAGCGGGCAGAACCGAGCGCAGAACUUCUAGCAAAAUUGAAAACUAAAAAUAUUGAUAUAAAUGGACGUGUUGUAGGUGGUGAACAAGCAGAAGAGGGCUUUGCACCCUAUCAGAUAUCUAUACAAGGCGAAUGGGAUGGGCACAUGUGUGGUGGUUCUAUAAUUGCCGAUAAAUGGAUUAUAACUGCAGCACAUUGUGUCUAUGGCUAUAAUCAACGUUAUCUACGUAUUAUAACAGGUACGAAUAAAUGGAGAGAACCUGGUAAAAUAUACUUUCUAGAUGAAUACUUUGUGCACUGCAAUUAUGGAUAUCCUGACUAUGCGAAUGAUAUUGCUUUAGUACGUUUAAAUGAUUCUAUUGUCAUGAAUGAAUUCACUCAGCCGAUACCUCUGGCUGAUGUGCCUUUGGAAGAUGGUGCUGAUGUUAUUUUAACUGGUUGGGGUAGUACUGGUGUGAUUGAUCCAAAUAAUUUACAAAAAAUUACUUUGAAAUAUAUGGAACAUAAUCGUUGCUUGGAAGCGUUUGAUUAUGAUGAAAAAUUAGAUGUUGGACAUAUGUGCACAUUUACGCGUGAGGGUGAAGGAGCUUGUUAUGGUGAUUCGGGUGGUCCUUUAGUCAGUGAUGGAAAACUUGUUGCUUUAGUGAAUUGGGGUUAUCCUUGUGCUUUGGGUAUGCCUGAUGCUCAUGCAAGCAUACAUUAUUAUCUCGAUUGGAUACGACGUACCAUGUCGGGUUGCCCCACAUGUCAUUGUGUGACUUAUGACUAUCCUUUUAAAUUUUAAGGAAUUGUGAUUACUAGAAAUUGUUUAUAAGUCAUGAAACAAAUGUUUUUUUUAAUAUAA